AGAAUUAUUAGGAUACGUUUGCAGUCAGUGGGCUUUCGUCCUAGUCUCCACACAGAGUUGUCGGCACAUUAGAUUCCAGUAGUCCUUAAGAUGCCUUUCAUCGACUUACAGAGUAAUUUACCUAUCAGCUCCUUCUCUGAGGACUUUCUGAAGAAGCUGUGCUCCAGCGCCGCCGCUGCUCUGGGAAAACCCGAGGAAAGGAUGAACGUGGUGGUGACGCCAGGGUUGCCGAUGCUGAUAGCUGGCUCUUGCUCUCCGUGUGUGAUGCUGUCAGUGUCUGCUAUCGGUGUGACUGACACUGCUGACAAGAACAAGGAGCACAGUGCCAAGCUCUUUGAGUUUCUGACCAGAGAACUUGGUCUGACUGAAGACAGGAUUGUUAUUCAAUUCCACGCGUUGCAGCUUCACCAGGUCGGGAAGAAGGGAACCAUCAUGAGCUUCUUGUGAAGGACACAUCUUACAGUCCCUUUCCUAAAAGAAGACAGCAUCAAGCACACACUGUAUUUCCAUGUCACGUCCAUGUGCACUGUCUGAACCAUGUUUUUCACCUAUGCGGUUGUUCCUAAAGCUGUUAAACAUGAUGUUAAUACAUUUUAUUUUGAAUGGUUACUAGACCUAUGACCCCUGUGUUACCAUUCUUGAAAUCUGUGUCUCUUGUGAAUCUUGCAGCCUUCAGGAAUGGAAUGAUGACUUUGAAAGGAUUUGUGCUUUCCUGUCAGACAGAAUUUGUAAUGCAAAAGAAGGGCUCACAUUCUUUACUGAGUUUGGAAAGAGCGUUGCUAUUAUUUAGCUAUUAAAUCUGGAUUACAUAAAUACA